AUGGAAGUUACAAAUCGUAAUACUAACGCGGAAAAUGAAAACUAUACUGAAGAAACUGCUGAAGAAGAACCUUUUAGACCAAGUGAAGUUAUAACUGAAAAGUCAAAAGCAACUUGCUGUGAAUCUCUCUCGCUUGCAAUCAAAAAUGUGACUGUGGAACCUUCUGUUAUUUUGUUUGUAAUUCCUUACAUAAUUAUGGCAUUAACGGCACAAAACUUAGGUUUAGAGAAAGCGUGUCGAGUGAAUUUAAAUUAUAGUGAUGAAAUUUGCACGGCUCUCAAGAAACAAGACAUAGAAAGCCAAAACUCAUACGAAAAAGAAGUACAAAAAUUAGUGACAUCAGCUUUUGCUACGAAGACUUAUAUAACUGCUACAAUUCCAUGUUUGUUGGGCAUCUUUGUUGGAUCUUUUUCUGAUAAAACAGGACAUAGAAAAUGUUUCUUAAUAAUGCCAAUAAUCGGACAAUUUGUGGCUUGUCUUAGUAGUAUACUAAAUGUGUAUUUUCUUGAAGAAACUAAUUUACAUACUUUUGUUCUUACUGAAGCAGUCAUUGAUUCUGUUAGUGGGGGAAUGGCUAUAUUUCUUAUAACUAUAUUUGCCUAUAUAAGUGCUAUAACGACAGAUGAAACUAGAACUUUUCGAAUGGGUAUGGUUAAUUUUGCAUUAACAGUGGGUGCUCCAAUUGGAAUGGCUUUAAAUGGUGUUAUUUUAAAAUAUCUAGGCUACUAUGGAGCCUACGGGUUAGUUGGUGUUCUUCAUUUACUAAAUCUUCUGUAUAAUAUAUUCAUCUUAAAGGAUCCAAUAAGAAGUGCUGAUCAAAAAAAGAUAUCUUCCAUAGUUUGUGGCUGCACGUGA